AUGGCUGUCCUGCCGGAAGCGGAGGCUACCACGAAGGAAGUCACCAUCGACGACAUACAAGUAGAUGAUCCACACGCGACCCCGGAUGAACGCGAGCAACUGCGUCGCAUCAUCUGGAAGCGAUGUCACUUGCUGAUAGGAACCGGUAACGCCUUACCACCGGCCGUCUUCGGAGCUAUUUGCGACAUCGAUGUCGGAACGGCAAAGCCGGUAGCUCAACGAUGUCGACGGGCAGCGCCACAAUUUCGUGAGAAGCUGUCAAUGCUCAUCAAGGGACUGCUGUCGGCAAAGAUCACCACAACAACCUCCAUCUCACCUUGGGCGGCACCCAUCGUAGUCACCAUCAAGGUUAACGGAGUCGACAUCCGCCUAUGCAUUGACUACCAGGUAGUGAACAGCCUUACGAGGCUGAUGGUAUAUCCCAUGCCGUUGAUCAACGACCUCCUCGAAGAUCUGGAUAAGGCGCUAUGGUACUGUUCCCUCGAUAUGGCCAGUGGAUUCUGGGUGGUAUCAAUGACCCCGCGGGCAAGACUGGUGUCAGCGUUCAUCACACCGUUCGGGCUGUUCGAGUGGACGAGGAUGCCGUUCGGGUUAAAGAACGCUCCUCAGAUCUACCAACGAAUCGUCGACAAUGGAUUGUACGGUCACAUAAGCAUCAAGCCCGAUCACGAUAGGUCGAACCCCGUCGAACCCCGUUUACGUCUUCGAGGAAGAAGAGACAGAGCCAGAGCCUAA